AUGGGAAGCCUGUUCAAUCUCGAGAAGCAGAUGGAGGCCUACGCGCCCUACCACAUGAACAAAAUAAAUCAGUGGAUCCACAUCGUGUGCGUGCCCAUCAUCUUGUGGACGGCGCUGGUGUGGGUGGCGGGCGCGGUUGGCCCGCUCGUGCCCGGCCUCGACCUGAGCUUCGGCCACCUGCCCUGUGGUCCGUUCGUCGUCAACGGCGCCUUCCUCGUCAUCACCGUCUACGCCGCCUUCUACGUCAUCCUCGAGCCCGUCGCCGGCUCGCUGUACCUGCCUAUCCUGUACGGUCUGGCCUACACGGCCACUCACUACGCCCAGACGGCGGCCAACCCCCACACCACCGCCCUCGCCAUCCACGUGGUGUGCUGGAUCCUCCAGUUCCUGGGCCAUGGCCUUGCCGAGAAGCGUGCCCCUGCGCUCUUGGACAGCUUUGUGCAGUCGCUGGUGUUGGCGCCCAUGUUCGUGUGGCUGGAGGUGCUCUUCAUGCUGGGCUACAAGCCAGAGCUGCACAAGCGCAUCGUCAACAGCGCCUCGCGCAACAUCCUCGCCUUCAGGAAGGCCCAGCAGGCCAAGACCGCCACCAAGACCAAGUGA